AUGAAUCCGUAUGGAUGCCUAUUAUUAGGGUGCAUAAGCAAAACUGUUUUCUCAACGAAACCCAUCCCUAUACCGAUCCGUGAUUUUUUUUUUGGAUCUGAUCGGUCGAUCUCUGAUCGAUUUGUGAUUAUAAGCAAAAAACAGAACGAAACUCAUCUCUACUCCUUGAGCAAAUAUAAGGAAACGAAGAAAAAAUGUUGUCUUUCGAAGCAAAUUUCGGCCUCUUUUCCAGGAACUUAUUUGUGUGAGUCGAGUUGUAUGGCGCUUCAGUUUGAUGCAGCGUCGAAAUUCAUGUUUUUGGGUGAUGGCGGUGGGAAUAUUAAUUUGUUACGAUUGAAUGACGCUGAAGCACAAUUCGUAACGAAGCUCUCAGCGCAUACUGGUUCCAUAACAUCACUGGAAUGGGAUUGUGCACGGCAAAUGCUAUUUUCUGCGUCCACAGAUCAUUUGGUGAUAAUGUGGGAUAUCGGAGGAAAGAAGGGGCAGGCGUUCGAGUUGAAUGCUCACGAUGCGAAACUGUCGUGUUUGGCGUAUGCGGAUGGUGCGAAUCGUUUGUUUUCUGCUGAUGAGAAUGGAACAUUGGUUUGUUGGGAUAUGAAGGCGAAACGAAUCGAAACACCCGAAUGGAAGACGAGUGAUAAUUGUCAGUUGUGUGAUGCACCGUUCUUCUGGAAUAUCCGUGCAAUGUGGGACAGAAAGGUUGUUGGUUUACGUCAACAUCAUUGUCGUACGUGUGGCAAUGCAGUAUGUGCUAAUUGCUGCGGUAAUACGACGAAAUAUCCACCGAUGGGUUAUGAACGUUCCGUACGCAUUUGUAAUACGUGUCAUUGGAAUAUGGAGCAACAUCCUGAACGAUUCGAUCUAACACCACUGGCCGUGAUCAGCGAGUUGCGUCAAGGGGUCGUGUGUAUGCAUUUACAGGAGACAUUAGGGCGUUUGGUAACGGUUGGUUUAGAUCGUGUUAUUAUGAUAUGGGAUGUGAAACAGUUAGUGGGUAAUUGA